AUGAGUACUAGAGAAAGUGGCGACGGAGACUACCCGACUGAUCAGAGGGGGUGGCUGAAUCUUAACCUAGCACCGUAUGCAGGCCGAGCAUCAAAAGCCACAAAAUCUCAGAACAAGGUUUACAUAUGUAGGUUUUGCAAAAAGAAGUUUUACAAUUCUAAAGCGUUAGGAGGUCAUCAAAAUGGCCACAGAAAAGAGAAACAUGAAGCUAGAAGAAACCUGUUGUCACCCAAUAAUGCAAUCAUGAAUUUCUCUCAUAACCUAUUAUUUCAUCACUCACCAGGGAUUGGUGAUAAUUUGAACACCAAUAUUACUGGAGACCUAAUUGGUGGGCAGCAUAAUAAUGGGGAGGAAUCACUGGACUUGAUGAUGAAAUGGACAGGAAGCUAUAACCCGAAUCAUCAACCAGCUGCUGCAACAUCAACUCAACAAUCUUAUUCGAAUACGGUACUCGAUUUGAAUCUCAAACUGUAA